CGAGCGUUUGUGUACGUUCACUUGGCGAAUUCUUGUGAAUACACUACAUAUCUUUCCUUUGUUUAUUUCAUAAAAUGGGAUUACCACGAAAAAACAAAUCUAACUUCUUGAAUGACAGAUGUUUGUCGCAAUCACGCGUCAGCAAAGGACGCAGCAACUUUACGAGUCUGUCGCAGCCUGUUGCAAGCACGAGCACAAGAAAUGCUUCGUCGUCACGUGUUGUUCGAAGGGAAUCUCCUGGGGAAAGAACAACGUGCUAUGAUGAAAGAUUGCGAGACUCUCCACCAGAUCGUAUAGUUUCUGAAGAAGAAAAUCAACUUGUAAACAGCUUAAUAAGAUACCUUUUCAUAUUAGACAGGGGAAAAAAUAUUAUGAAUAAAGCACGUAUAAUCAAGAGUGUGUUUGGAGGCCAAGGGAAAAACUUUCAUCGUGUAAUGACUAAAGCAAGAGAUCUUCUAUCGAAGAUAUUUGGGUAUCAACUAGUGGAAUUAGAAGGUAGCAAAUACAUGCUGAUAAAUGAGAUAAGGAACACAUUGCCUCAUGUUUCUCCAGUGGGAACCAAAGGCAGUCAACAAGUAUUGUUAUUUUUGGUGCUCACUCACAUCUUUAUGAGUGAGGAGUUUUGUACCGAAGAAUCUCUGUGGAAGUUUCUUGAAAAUUUGGGUAUUAAUUGUACAGAAGGUCAGAAUCAUUCGUACUUUGGUAAUGUGAGACAUAUGGUAACUGAGGUGUUCGUCGCACAAAAAUAUAUCGAUAAGACAGUUGUCGAACAAAACGAUGCGCCAAAAAUUGAAUAUAAAUGGGGAGUUCGUGCAGAACAUGAAUUUUCCCGACGCACAGCCUUGGAAUUUGUAUCACAGAUCUACAAUGGAAGAGCAAUAAACAGUUGGCCGUUACAGUACAAAGCGCUGAUCGCACGGGAAAAGACGAACAAAUUCAACUAACCCCAGAGUGGAACUGAAUGGAUACCACCCCGACUUAUUACAUUGUAAAUAUUAUUGUUCACCGAACGGAAAGAGUAAACCAAAAUUGAAUAUCACCGCUGUAGCUAGUUCGAACACAACAUUCUCUCUAGAUUCUUUC